UCCUCGCCACUUCCCCUGCAGCAUCUCUUGGAUGGCUACCAGUGCAGCCGAGAAGAUGACCACUUGUCCUACGGGGAAACGGGAAUGCCGGUCCCUCCUUUCGGCUGCACCUUUUCUGCUGCCCCGAAUUUGGAGCAUGUACUGGCAGUUGCAAAUGAAGAAGGAUUUGUUAGACUGUAUGAUACUGAAGCUCAAACUAACAGCGAACUCGUCUUUAAAGAAUGGCAGGCUCACUCAAACGCAGUAUUUGACCUUGCCUGGGUACCAGGGGAACACAAGAUUGUCACUGCUUCAGGAGAUCAGACAGCCAAAGUGUGGGAUGUGAGAGCUGGCGAGCUUCUUGGCAUAUGCAAGGGUCACCAGUGUAGCCUCAAAUCAGUUGCUUUUUCUAGAUUUGAGAAAGCUGUCUUCUGUACUGGUGGUAGAGAUGGAAACAUCAUGGUUUGGGAUACCAGAUGCAACAAGAAAGAUGGAUUUUAUAGGCAGGUAAAUCAAAUUAGUGGAGCACACAAUGUGGUUGACAAGCAGACUCCCUCCAAACUGAAGAAGAAGAGGCAGAACCUAAGAGGACUUGCUCCCUUGGUGGAUUUCCAGCAGAGUGUAACUGUGGUGCUGCUUCAGGACGAGCAUACUCUUAUCUCUGCAGGAGCUGUUGAUGGUGUGAUCAAAGUAUGGGACUUGCGCAAGAACUAUGCUGCUUAUCGUCAGGACCCAGUGCCUUUCAAGUCUUUUUGCUACCCUGGGACCAGUACUCGCAAACUUGGAUAUUCUAGCCUGGUUUUGGAUUCCACUGGUGCUAAUCUGUUUGCUAACUGCACUGAUGACAGUAUCUACAUGUUCAAUAUGACAAGUUUAAGGACCACUCCAGUGGCCGUUUUCAGCGGGCACCAAAAUUCAACCUUUUACAUCAAGUCCAGCACCAGCCCAGAUGACCAGUUCCUGGUCAGUGGCUCAAGUGACUGCAACGCUUACAUCUGGAAGGUUUCUGAGCCCAGCCUUCCCCCACGGAUACUCCUUGGUCACUCUCAAGAAGUAACCUCCAUUGCUUGGUGUCCUUCAGACUUCACAAAGAUUGCCACGUGCUCUGAUGACAACACUGUGAGAAUUUGGCGCUUACGACCUCGUCCUGAGGAGGAGAAAUCAUCAUUGAGCAAAAUCAGCGUGGUGGGCUGGGUCACUCAGAAGAGACCAGAAGAACAACAUGGACCAGGACUGCCUGCCAGCCCACAGAGUACUCCUGCCAAGGUCUUCACAGUGGGCAGCCCAUGCAUUUCCUCACCACGGCCGGCUGCCUGUGCUCCCAUUUAUUCUGGAGAUCUUCCCUUGUCUACAAACACUCCAACGUGCGCUCUCAAAACCCAGAUGGCCACAGCCUGCACCCCAGCCAAGCAGAGUGGAACCAGCCCAUGUGCUUCUCCCAAACUGAUCCCUUCCUCCAAAAUGUCCAUUAAACAUUGGGUUACAAGGACUCCAUGCUCUUCUCCUACAGAAGUGGAGAUAAAGGCUCCUUCUCCUAGAAAAGCCCUAGCAGAAGUCACCCAAGGUCUCCUGGAAACCACUUGCCCUCCUAAAGCCCCACACUCACAGUUUGAAAAGCGUGCCAAGAGAAGGCUUGACUGCAGCAAGAAAGACGAUGUGGGGCAGAAGUGUCUGCAGGCCUGUAGCUGUGUGACUGAACUGGACCAUGCAGCUAAGAAGUCCAAGCUGAACUUAUGUCAUUUGGCUGAAGACCAAAAUGCUUGUGAUGAAGACUCUCUCAGCCUGGCUGACUUGGAUAAUGACCACGAAGGCUCCAGCUGCAGCCUGAAAGAGUCUUCCUUCCCUGGAAGCCAUAAAAACCCAUUGAGCAUUCAAGCUCCCCUUCUUUUCAGAUCUCCAUGUGGGAAAGACAGUGAGGUAGUAGAUAAAGAGAAUAGUUCACCUGAAAGAAAAAAUUGGUUGUCUGCUCUAGGAGAGAAGCUACGGACUGGCAGGUCUGGCAGCCAGCGUGCAUCAAACAGCCCCCCAUCAUCUUGCAGUCCUGGUGUCAAACGACAAGAGGCUGUGGCAGCAGCUACUUCACCAAAAACUGCUGCAACAACUUCAGUUUCCAUGAGGAAGAUCUGCACAUACUUCCACAGAAAGGCACAGAAUGACUGAGGUGGCAUGUGGUGCUUGCACCUGAUGGAUGUUGACACUAUGGUAUCAAGACCGGAUUUAGCAACACCGACAGUGAUGCACCAGGAUUACACAGUUUGUUGUCAGACAUUCAUAAACUUGGGGUUUAUUCUUCUGUUCUUAAUGCCAUUAACAACUGAGCUCAGCUGAGUGUGGAAAAUCUACUCAAUGCUUACUCAUGGUCUCUUACUGACUUCAGAUAGUGUAUUUUUUAUAUAAAGAAAAGCAGAGUAUUUUUUACAUGACAACUGUCAUCAU